AAGAAGCUGGUGUCACAGCCAGACCUGGUGCAUUUGGUGCAUUUGCUUCUUGCUGGCCAUUACCAUCCUCGCUGUCUCUGGAAGACCAAGAGACCUUUUCUGCACAUUUAUGUAGUCUUUUUUGGCAUUAUGGAUGCAACUUCUGCUUUCUUUCUGGGAUGUGGCACUAAAAUGAUCUUCGGUACAAAGGAUUGGUACAUACAGUCAACAUACAGGAUGGAAUACCUCACUACCAGUCACCUGCCAUUCAGCUUUGCCCUAGAGUAGAAGACUUGGAGGAGAGGGAGGGAGGAGAUGUGAAUCCCAAAGAUUGCCUUCAUGACCUUGACUCUGUUUCCUAUCCGACUCUUUUUUGCUGCUUUUAUGAUGUUGCUGGCCUGGCCUUUUGCUUUCAUUGCUUCAAUGGGAUCUGACGAGCAAGAGCUUGAAAAGCCCCUCUCCUGGUGGCGAAAGAUAGUGGCUAUCUUGCUGAAAGCAAUAAUGAGAAUGAUGUGGCUUGCUGGUGGAUUCCACUGGAUAAAUAUAAAAGGCAGACGGGCAUUGCCAGCAGAAGCAGCAAUAUUAACAGUGGCUCCCCAUUCUUCCUACUUUGAUGCCAUUCCAGUAACUAUGACCUUCGCCUCCAUUGUGAUGAAAGCAGAAAGCAAAGAUAUUCCUGUUUGGGGAACUCUGAUCAAAUAUAUCCGACCAGUAUUUGUAUCUCGGGCCGACCAGGAUUCUCGCAGGAAAACUGUUGAAGAGAUAAAGAGGCGUGCCCAGUCUGGUGGUAAAUGGCCACAGAUAAUGAUAUUCCCAGAGGGCACUUGCACAAACCGAUCCUGUCUAAUUACAUUCAAACCUGGAGCAUUUAUUCCUGGGGUUCCUGUGCAGCCGGUUGUUUUACGUUAUCCAAACAAACUGGAUACAAUCACAUGGACAUGGCAAGGGCCAGGAGCGUUUGAAAUUCUGUGGCUUACUUUAUGUCAAUUUCACAAUUCUGUGGAAAUCGAGUUUCUACCCGUGUAUAUUCCUUCAGAAGAAGAAAGAAAAAAUCCAGUCUUGUAUGCCAAUAACGUCAGACGUGUAAUGGCAGAGGCGUUGGGAGUUUCAGUGACAGACUACACAUUUGAAGACUGUCAGCUGGCUUUGGCUGAAGGACAGCUUCGUCUACCUUCAGAUACGUGUCUUUUAGAAUUUGCAAAGCUUGUGAGGAGCCUUGGGCUGAAGCCAGAAACACUUGAAGAUGAUCUCAAUAAAUAUGCUGCAAGUGCCAUGAAAAUGAAGAAAGAAAAGGUUGAUCUCAAAGAAUUUUCAGCCUACUUGGAAUUUCCAGUUUCUCAGACAUUAGAAAGUAUGUUUUCACUUUUUGAUGAGAAUGAAGAUGGUGUAAUUGACAUUCGGGAAUUUGUCAUUGCUCUGUCAGUUGUCUGUAAGCCAUCCAAAACUCUGGAAACAAUUCAGUUGGCAUUUCAGCUGUACCAGUCAGGAGGUGGAACUGUAACAGAAGAGGAUUUAGCUUGUAUUCUCAAGACUGCCAUGGGCGUGUCACAAAUUGAUGUUACGCAUCUUUUUAGAGCUGUAGAUGAAGAAGAAAAAGGAAAGAUUACAUAUGAUGACUUCUACACAUUUGCUGUGUUGCACCCACACUUUGCAGAAGACUAUCUUUAUGCUGAUCAUAUGGGAGCUGAGAGCGGCUUGGAGACUUCAUCUCUUUCUGCACCUAAUGGUAUCUGUACUGACUUCAGCCCUGACAAUAGUGGAGAUCGAAAGAAGCCCUUGCAGAAGAAACUAAAUUAACACUACAACUGUUACCUUCCUCUCCUGGUGAGAGGGUUGCAUUUUCGUGGGAUUUUCAUAAGUCACUCCAAUUAUACAACAAAUAUCAGUUUUGUGUGUGAAAGUUCUACCUGAAUACCAUCCUUUGAAUCAUAUGUGCUAUAUUUAACAACAUGUUCCAUGUUACUUUGGGAAGGGUGUUUUUAUUUUUUUUGAAAAGGUCUUUGAAAGGCAAAAAUGUGAAUGUGCUUCAUUGUUAAUGUUCAUAUUUAAAAGGAAGCGGCACAACUUAUUUAUAUUCCAUUGGCUAGUUCCAUGUACAAAGUGUCGCACAAACUGUGCAUGUAUAAAGAAACUGUAGCUACUAUGGUGUAAAGUGCACUUUGGUGAUUAGUGUUUUCCCUAGUUAUGGGGAUGUUUAUCUGGGGCCAAACUGUGCUGUCCAUAUCUGAAUAGUCAGUCUUGUUGAUUUCAGUGGGAUUAUUCUCUUGAGCAAGGCAAGCAUACUUUGGCCCUUGGUUUUGGUUUCAGUGAACAGUUUGGAAACAGUAAUACAAAAACUUGCUAAGGAUUACUUUUUAUUUUUAUUGCUGAAUGACGAAAUUGUUUCUCUUUCCAUGGUAGAAUGAAAAGGAAAGGCUCCUUAUCCCUCACCCCCCAACACUUUUCUACUGUAAUCUUCUGGAUGCAAUUAAACAUGAAUUCUUUCCAAACUGACAUGCCACAUACUGCUUGAAAAUACAUAACAACUAUUUCUGCUUUUGUCUUAUAACCAGCUCAAAUCAUGUCCACACAACAUUUUAUGGGAGAUGUUUACAGAGCUACACAUGAUUUAGAUUUAUCAGGAAUCACAGGUUUCUUCUGUAGCAAGCCUGUACAGAUAACAUAGCAUGGAAUACAUCAUGAAAACCUUGGUGUAUCAGCACAAGUUGGAAAAGGUUGCAGUCACUUCAAAGGCCAAGCCAGCAACAAGUUUCAGACCAUCCUGAAGAAGUGCUAGUUAAAUCUCUAUAGCAACAUUACAUAUACUUCACAGAACAUAUAUGAAGCUUAGAAUAGUUUAGAAGUGUUAAAAAAAAUACCAAACUUGUAUUAGUAAUACUUAUGUUUCCUUUUGUAAAGCCAGAUGCCUUAACUGCUACUGGAGGUCUCAGAGAAAAAUCUAGAUUAUUAUUAAGCCACAGAGCUUCAUUGAUUAGAAAAUGUGAUAAAAGCCUCAAGGAGUAGGAAGGAGGACUGUCACAAAAUAACUAAAAUAACAUAAAAAACCAAAAAAUUUUUCAAGUCAUUUCUGACUAGUUUUGUAGGGUUUUAUGCAUGGAAAACUAUUGAGAUUUGAGUCUUCCACAAAGGAAUUUAAAGCUAGAUUUGAAAGGGAAUAAUUUUAGCUAAGGACAUCUGUUUGUACCACGUGCUUUUAUAACUAUUUCUUAAAUAGCAGGAGGUGUUUUAAAGCUCAUUAGGGUAUUGGAAUGUGUCCUCAGAAAUCCCGAACUGUAUGCGGCAGGUCUCCAGAUUGGAACUGGCUUUAAUAAAGAGGGUAGGAGGAAAAAAUGUAAGAAAAUAUGCUUCAUGGGGGUAUGUGGAGGUAAUAAUAAAAUAUUUGAUUUAUCUAGGUAACAAAAGCCAAGCUCACAGGGCAGCAGCAGACUAUCUGGGAAGACUUGAAUUAAAACUGAUCAUGGAAAAUAGGAGAAAUUGAUUGAAAAAGUAAGGCAGAUGAGGAACUACACUUAACUAGGAAUAGUCAGCUGCACAGAAGAGGGAGUGAGUAUUAGUGUGCUAUAUCUUGAGGCAGGGAUGGCACAGAAUAAGUCAAACUGAGCAUUGUUAACUCGUUGCUGCAGAGAAGAUGUUCGUGAUAGAGGGAUGCAUCAGCAUGUGGUCUGUGAGAAGCAGGGUGGUAUUUCUACAUUACCAAGAUGUGAUAAGGUCUUACCUGAGGUAUCUGUUCAUAUUGGGACACCUGAGAGAGAUGGGUGUAACUGAAUAAAGUGUGGAAGGCAAAAAAGCCCUCAAAAAGUGAUCAAAAAUAUGCUUUAAUCCAAAGAAGAGGAGACUGAAGGGAGAUGUCAACAGUCUUUAAAUAUGGAAAAAGUUGCUAUAGAGAAAAUAGGAACACUCUUCUCCACAACAAUGGUAGAUGCUGGUUAUUAAUUGAAAAGGCAAGUUAAGCAUUAGGAAAAGUCUCUUACAAUACACCUUGUUAAGCUGUGGAGAAGGGUUUCUUCAGGUGUGGUGAAAAGCCUGCCUUCAUUCACUGGAGUUUUUGAAAACAGAAGACAGCUACAGUAGAGACACUUGAUUUUGUUGAUCACACCCCAGGGUUACAGGGAGAUGUCCCUGAGGUCUGUUCUCUAUAGUUAUUACAGUAUGUGAGGGAAGACAAGCAUAGUCUGGGCAUACUGUAUCUCUACAAGAAUAUGGCACGUGGCUCGAGCUGGCUGUGUAAGAUACUUUUGCUUUGUACGUGAGCUUCGGAAUUUGAGAAUGCUGGGAAGGAGGAACUUCCCCAGUACGUAUCUGAAGAGAAGAAAGAGGUGAGCUUAGAAACCCAUGGACAACUCUGAAGUGAGAGGAGCUCCAGAGGAAGAGAUACAUUGACCACAUCUGUAAAAGAGCAAAGAAAGCUGAUUGAAGUUGGCUGAAUACGAGUGUGUCUAAUUUCCAUGUAUGGCAUGAGUAACUUGGGGGUCUGUUUUAUGAAAGCCCAUCAGUUCAUUGACUUUUCUUUUAUUUGAGGUGUUUUGUUAUUGUGGUGAGUGUAAUAGCUGUACUUGUGUGCACCUAAGCUGUACAGAGUACACUGAAAGGCACUGCAGCCUGUAGUGGAUGGGCCAUUAAACAGGUGCCACAUUGUGUGGUGAAGAGGCACUGAAAGUCCAGUGUAUCACUGAGCUCAGUCCAGAGCUGCUGCUGGAGAAGGCUGGUGAUCAUCACAAGUCACAAACAAGUACUCUUGGUGGAUUAAAAGUCAUAUACAAAUUGGUGGAUUGAAUACUUUUAAAAAAAGGCAUAAGACAAAACAGAUUCUGGAAGGAAAUGUGAUUCUCCCUCUUUUGAGAAACUACUGAAUCAGAUAAAGAUAUAAUAGGAGGAACGGCAGGAUUAAGGAUCAGCCUGCAUGGAAACAUUGUUAGAUCACAUACCCUGUCACCAAAGUAGAGAUUAAUUAAUACAACUCCAUUAAUUUUAGCAUUUGUAGUGUAUAAUAUUAGACUGCCUUGUAGUGAGAGAGAAGCCACAUUACCACAGGGUGGUAAACUCAGGCCCUUGAGGGCCGAGGCCCAUAACACAUCACAUGACUGCAGCAAUGCUUUUUACAAUUCAUCUGCCAAACCCCAACUGCAGAAGUGUUUCAGUAGUUCCCAAUGAGAAGCCUUUAUAGAGGCAUCUGAAUGUGCAGCAGCUGAGUUGUGAGUCAGGUUUCUGUGACUUGAUGUAAAGUCAGAGUAGAAGUGAAAACUUCCUUUCCCCUUCACCAAACAUUGAUGCUUUCCAUUAAAAUAGUGAUUUUAUAGGCAGAUGGUUAUAUUUAAACAGGUAGUAUAAACACCCUCUAAAUUUACAAGGAGACAUAUGCAGAAAUUACUUUGGUUCUUUGCACUGUUUAACUUAAAUGAUCCUUACACAGAAAAUGCCAGGGGUGUGAGGCAUUUGACAUUUCUGAUGAUCAUUUUUGUACUCUUAUAUAAUACUGUCAUCUCUUGCCAGUAGAGUUCUUGCAUCACCCAGAAUGAAUUUUUGCAUAUUGAGAUACUCAGCCAAGGCUGGUUAUCUCUUCUUACAUGCCUGAACAAAUAUUUAAAGUAACCCAGAAAACUACAAAAUCCAAAAUAUUUGAAGUUUUGGGGGGUUGGUUUGGUUUUUUUGUUGCUUCAUUUAUAUUUUUUCAAACAUAACAAAACCCCGCUAAGACCAAACAAAUGCUUAGUAGGUGCAAAGCAUGUUUAAAUCACUGCCUCUAGCAAAGUAUGGCAAGUGUUAUUACAGAUUUUUUGGGGAGUCUGUUGCUGUAGCAGAUAAAUUUUAAAUGCUUCAUAGGAAAUUUAUAAGCUGCCUGCAGAAACUAGACUGUACACUUAGUUUUAUAUUAAUUAAUUGCACUAUAUGUUUUGAUGCAUUUAUUGUAGCUAGCAUGAUCUAGGUAUGAUAAAUAGCAACCAGACCUGUGUAUUUACUAAUCUCGUUUUCAAGGUAUAAAUCCUUAGGUCACAGGGGUUGAAAGGGACACGUGUGCAGUAGGGAAGUGAUGCAACCUCUUUAGUGACACAGCUGCCAGAAGUAAGUAGCUAAGUGUCACACAGAGCUCUUUAUUAAUAUCUUCAUGCACGCUGAAUACCUCUGUUAGCUAAUUUAGGCCUAGGGGUGGUUGGAGUAUUUUUGUCUUCUUAAAAUGCAGUGAAUGUUUUUGUGGAAAAGUCAUUGUUGCAAUUCAACAUCUGAUGAAUUUUUAAAGUGGGUGUGGCUUUAUUUAUUUAUGAGUUCCCUGGUAAGUUCAUCUUUGGUAUUGCCUUUGAAUUAUUUUUCCUACUUUUAUAUUAUCAUGUGUUAAUUAUUGCUUUUUAAUUUACUCUUUCAGUCACCUGCUCUCUGCUCCUUCAAAAUAACAUUCAAAAAUAGUAUUCUCAUUAAAGGACAAAUUAAAAAAACAAACAAACAAACCUGCCCUGAUUUGAAAAAAUACUACUUGCAGAACUAUAGUUGCAUAUGCUGUAGAUCCUGUGAUCUCAGGGAAAAAAAUCUGUAAGCACAGCUUUGCGUAUGUUACGGGACUAAACUAGGCUGGAGGAAAAACAAAAUUCUGAUUAAAAGCUCUAACCAACUAAGUUCAAUUUUUCUUUAGUCAGAGUGUGGGUCAUAAGAUUUUCUGAAAUGUGAAGUCUCUGUUUUUUUCCUCUAGCAGAGCUUUCAUGAGUGCUCUAGAAAAAGGAAAUGAUAAAUACACUGGUCAAGCGUUCUACAUUAGUAAAAUUCAAAUUUGGGUCCUAAAACCAUAUUGAGGCACAAAACUUCCCUGUGAACCAGGCACUUCAAAUAGUUUGCUAAUUUUUAGGUAUCUGAACUUCAGCUGAUUAGGAAAACUUAAAUGAUCCUGAAUAGAUCAUUACAAAAAAAAAAAAAAAAAAAGGGAAGAAUACAAAAUAGGAAGUAAGAGUUAGUUACUAAUUAAUUAAAUUAUUAAUUGGUCAGUUCAGCAAAACUGCAAUGUCUGUUUCACAUAUGAACAGGAAGGCUGAGAUGGUCAUUCAGAUAAUUUUGCUAUCCUGACUAGGUAGUAUAUAAGCCAGGCGGUCUUUAUUCAGAGAGUGAUUUCUUGAAGGUCCUGCAGCAACUUGAAGGUACUGCAACAUCCCAGUAAUGUCUUGGUCACUGACAGUGUAGACAGUGAGAUUUCAUCUUCUCACCCUGCCCUUUUUCUUUGAAUUAUGGAGAAAAGUAUUCAAACCAUGAUAGGAACCCUGUAAGAUCUUCUUACAGGUAAAAACCCUCCAGCACCACCUCAGAGGCACAAAGGUGAUCAUUCUGUGGAAUAAUUAUGGUGGGGAACUGGGUAUACAAUGCUAGUCACCAACAUCUUGUGGUCAAACCAUGUAUAAAUGGCAAUACAGUGGUAAAACUACUGAGAGAACUCAGCAGCAAACAGGAUAUCCUUUACAUGUGUUUGAACUUGAGUUUGUGAGUAUUUCCUGCAUCUCAUAGUGCUCAACUCGAGAGAGUUUCUUUCUCUAGGAAGCAUUUCAGAUUUCUUUCAAGAUAAUACUUACUUUGACUUCUUCAAGUGGAAGAGUGAUUUGUUUUGUAGAAAGCAGCUUCUUUUUCCUUGGAUGGUGUGGUGUGCUUUAUUGUGUGUAAUGUGCUUAAACUGAAGUGGGUGAUACCAAGAGAGCAGAGGAUAUAAGAGACUUAUAAAAUAGAGGGUUUAUGUUUCUGUGAGAUAUGCUGAGACAUUUCUGCACAGUAGUUGACACUGCCUAGAUUGUCUUGCAAGUUCAUUAUACAAAAUCAUUUUACUAGUUGGUGAUUUUACUAGUGUGAUGGUAGUGGCUGUUUAUUCCACUUUCCUUAGCAGGAUGGCAGAGCAGAGUACCCCUGUGCAGGCCAGCCUUGGGGUAUAGAUGUAUUUGCAGUUUUCAGAUGAUGGGUCUCUGGGAAUAGAAGCAGUAGAAUCACCUGAACACUGAUUGCACCUCACUAAGUUAUUCCUGUUACACAACUUAGCUCUUUGGGGUAUUUUUUUAUUAACACAGUUAUCAUGCUUUAUUCUGAGCUAAGUUGCACAGAGACAUAUGAAUAUCAGAGCUCACUUGAGAUAGCUUGAGCAUCUCAAAAAAGGUGCUGUAUGAUAAUCUGUUGAUAGAGUGUUACAUUUCAAUUUUUUCACUUUGACCAAAAAUGUUAGAAGCAAGAGAAAAAAGUCAUCACUUCUGUAAUACUCUAUACUGUCAGUGGGGUGUUAUUUAAGAGCGCCAGUUCUGAGCCGAAGUCAGCUGAAGGAAAAUCAGGCUGGACUUCUGAUCCCAAACCAGCAAGUAGAAAAUCUCAUGUGUGCCCAGCGUGGCAGCAAAGCUUUCACUCUGCAGCUGGCCUUUUCCCACAGUAAAGAAGGCUCUUUUCUGCCUCUUGGGCUGCUGAAUUCAGUUUUCUGUAUCCCUAGUUCUUGCUUGUGCUGACUGUUCUUUGUAGGUUUGUUGCAGCCAGAGGGAGACCCUGCUGCCUCUUAAGCUGAAGUGACAUUCAUGGACUUUUCUCCCUGAGCCAGGAGCAGCAGGUGAAUAUUCAAGUCCUCUUCUGGUAAUGUUAUCCAAAACUAAAAGCCCAUGUACUAUUUUAGCUCGUGCCUGCCAUCAGGUAAAGAACUGCUUUUUCUUUUCAUACGCUUCAACUAUUGCAGGUGUAUCCAGGUGACAGGAGGUCUGAAAGAGCUUAUGAGAUUCUCCUUGUUCCUGUGAGUAAGAAGAAAUUAAAUUUAGAAAUAUUAGAAGUUUACAGUGAAACCUUGGAUUGACUCCUGACUUGCUAUAUAUAUAUAUAUAACUAUAUAUAUAUAUCACUUUCAGUGUGAGCCUGUUCACUUCCAUGUUACAAACGCAGAAUCUAUAAAUGUAACUGAAAACAAAGUCUCCUCAUGGAUAUUGAAGAAGCUGACACUCAGACACUUUUCAUCCUACCAUGGUACUGGAAAUUAAAUUCAUCUGACAAUAGGUAGUUUCUAAGUCUAUGAAUGUAUAUGGGGAAAACCCAAAUACAUGUCUUUUAUUCACUAUCCAGCAUGAAGACAAUUUUGUAUUUUCAAUGCUAAAGAAAUAAACUUUGAAAGAUCUUUUAUGGCCUAAGUAUAUA